AUAUCUUCGACAAUCAAACGACUAACAUGAUGGCAUUUCUCUUCCCGAAGGAGAGUCUUACCCAUGUACAGGCCUCAAAGGGAGAGCUUUGUAAUACAAGUAAGAGAGAGUCAAGAAGCUGAAAAAACCCUAGAGGACCAAACCCACCGUGUCCUAAACUUCUCCGCAAUGAAGCUCUUCAAUCGUUUCCGCAAGAUUCUCAUGCGCCUUGUCUUCUCCGUACCUUCUCGUGGAUCGUCAUCUUCCUCCUCGGCCACCUCCAACAUGGUUUCCGGUAGGCAGAAGAACUCCGACCGGUUUGAUCCGCCCAAGACUUCAUGCAGCUCCUACUACUCGUCAAACUCCCACUACACCGAGGCCAUCGCCGAUUGCAUUGAGUUCUUCAACAAGUCAUCUCAAGAGGGGGUUAUGGAAGGUCGGAAAUCUGAUGUUUGGGUUUGAAUUUCAGGGCUACAACGUUCUCGAUUAUAUUAGAUCUUCUUCAUGAUUUUACUCAAAAGUUUUAAUUCUAAUGUUUGUUCCCUGUUGUACAUUUUUUAUUUUAAAUUUAAUUCUGUUAUCAUGUCAAAAAACAGCUUUUUUGUUU